GGAGGGGGUGUUUCUCACACCUACACUACCAAAGUACCAUAGGGUUUAAACCUGAGAUCACUAGUCUACAAGUCAAAGCCCUUUUCCACUGGGCUAGACCCUGUUGGCAUAUGUAUGUAUUAGUUUUGGUUAUACUGCAUUGAGUUUAGGAGGAAGUUCUGAGAAAAUGGCUGGUAAGAUUGGAACUCUUGGAGUUGGUUUUCUGGUUUUAUUAGCAUUAUCAUCUGCAGCAGUUUCAGCACGUGAAGAAAUGUUGGGCUCACAACCUUCAAGCCAGAAUAUUACUGGGAAAGAGGUUCAAUCUCACUUGGGUUAUAAGCAUGUGUGGCCUGAUAUCAGAUUUGGCGGGAAAAUCGCGGUGGGUACGAUGAUUGCAUUUGUUGGAGCAGCAUUUGGGAGUGUGGGAGGUGUUGGUGGGGGUGGCUCUUUCAUCCCAAUGCUCACCCUCAUUAUUGGAUUUGACCAGAAAUCAUCAAUUGCAGUCUCCAAAUGUAUGAUCACAGGCACAGCAACUGCAACGGUCAUGUAUAAUUUAAGGCGAAGGCAUCCUACACUUGACCUGCCCAUCAUUGACUAUGAUCUCGCUCUUCUUUUCCAACCAGUGUUGGUUCUUGGGAUCAGCAUUGGCGUUUCUUUGAAUGUGGUUCUUUCUGACUGGAUGAUCACCAUCCUACUAUUUAUUGUGCUCUUAGGGGUAUCAACUAAGUCGUUCUUCAAGGGUGUUGAGACAUGGAAAAGAGAAACUAUAACUAAAAAGGCAGGCUUUAAACUAUUCUUUGUUCCUCAAGUUGAUUGUAUAUGCUGCACUUCUAAUCCAUCUAAUACUUCACAACUUGUUUCAUUAUUUUUAGAACAUUUUGCUCUUGCUAAUGAAGAUGUUGAAGACAAAUAUAUUCCGGGAGGCCCAAGCAAUGGCACUCUAACAGAAACCAAGGAACCUGAACGAACAGCAGUUUCUGUACUAGAUAAUGUUCGCUGGAAGGAACUUGGAGUAAUUGUUGCUGUAUGGAUCAUAAUACUGGCAUUGCAGAUUGUUAAGAAUUAUGUGACAAAAUGUUCACUGACAUAUUGGUUGGUAGAACUCUCACAGAUUCCGGUGGCUGUUGGUGUAACUUCAUAUCAGGCAGUUAAACUGUACAAAGGCCGGAGAGUAAUUGCAUCCAAGGGAGAAGAAACCACAAAGUGGCCAUUGUACAAGCUUGUUUUUUAUUGUGCCUGUGGCACAGCAGCUGGUAUGCUUGGUGGAUUGCUUGGCCUCGGUGGAGCGUUUAUGUUGGGUCCAAUGUUUUUGGAGAUGGGAAUUCCUCCUCAGGUGUCAAGUGCCACGGCCACCUUUGCCAUGACAUUCUCUUCAUCCAUGUCUGUUGUAGAAUACUACCUCCUAAACCGCUUUCCAGUUCCCUACGCUCUCUACUUUGCUGCUGUGACUACUGUUUCUGCAAUCGCGGGGCAACAUGUGGCAGGAAAGGUGAUUAAGAAAUUAGGAAGAGCAUCUUUGAUUAUCUUCAUUCUAGCUUUCACAGUAUUUGUGAGUUCACUGAUGUUAGGUGGGAUUGGCAUAAAAAACAUGAUUAAAAAUAUUGAGCAUAAAGAUUCCUUGGGAUUUCAGAACAUCUGCACUUGAAGAACCUCGUCUUAUUAAGGGCCUUAACUAGGUUUUCCGGAAACUUCGCAAUGUCGUUAUCAUUUUAUAUCCAGUCUUUGAGCCAAAGAAUUUGUAAAGC